UCCUGAACGCCCUGUGUGCGGCUCACGUGAACCAUUUCGGCCCUGGCUUUUGACGCUGCAAGAGCUCGUAGACCUACGACAGCAUGCUUCUCUCAUCGCCUUACUGCUUUUUACUCACAUCGGCCGCCAUCGUGAUAAUGGCUGAUAACUCCACACUCCGACUAAACGUGGGCGGCCGUGCGCGGCAGUGCUGUCCUGAUUUUAAUUUUACGCUUCCUGACUGGGAGGAGGAAGAGCGCGACGAAGCCCCGACGCCGCCGGUGCAGCAGAGGACACCACAUUACACUUUACGCCCGGCUCAUGUGCUGUCCAUGCGCCAGUCGAGCAUGAAUUAUCUGCUGCGACCCUAUCAGACGCCGUACGCCGUCGUCAUCAGGAGGCCUCCUGUAAGACCGCAGAGACCGUUGGCAUUCGCUCUCAGUCCCCCAAGGACUGCUGCUGACAGAAACGGAAGCUUGCCGGCCACUACCGUGGGUAUUGCAGGGAGUGGCGGGACAAUCACCUUGCCCAUUUACUCGCGUCCAAUGUACGGUGCGCCGUACUACAGGCCGUAUUACCAUCAUGUCUACAGGGGCACCGCACUGGCGCCUAUUCAUGCCGGCGGAUUUGUGGUACCGUAUCCUGCUCCUUCUCCGGCGGGACUCCAGCCACCCGCACAAGUAACGGUGCCAGUGUACAUUAACGUGGGCGCUGGCGGCAUUCCACCCGACUACCAACAGGACGGAGAUGCGGGGAACGGUUUUCUGCCCGCGCUUGGAGCGGCACCACAGAAAGCCACCUACCCUCAAACGUCACCCGCUGUUCAAAGAAAUGCCUCGGCAUAUUCUUGAACACUUUGAGAAAAGACAAAGCAUUUCAACGAAGGGAACAGUCCUGAGAUGGUUCCCUAAGAUCUCUAUCUUGUGUUCAAUGGUUAGCCCCCCAGUGAACUAUCAAUAAUCAUUUUAUAAAACGCACAGGGUCUUACUAUUGUGUUUCAUUGAAGCGUGCUC